CUGGCGCUCCUCGACGGCCGGCACACCGACGCCGAGGUCGCCGAGAGCUGGCGCAAGGAGAAAGAAACUUUGGAUGCUCUGGUAAAGUCUGAAUAUAUGACAGAUGAGAUCAAAACUCAGUUAAAUGAUCUUUGUAGAUUUUCCAGAGAUUUGAGUACUCAUUCUUCAAAAGUUUCUGGGUUGAUUAAGGAGUAUAACAGCCUCUGCCUGCAAGCUUCAAAAGGAUGUCAGAGCAAAGAGCAGAUCUUGCAGCAAAGAUUUCGGACGGCUUUCAGGGACUUCCAGCAGUGGCUGGUCAAUGCAAAAGUCGCCACAGCCAAAUGUUUUGAUGUGCCUCAAAAUAUCAGCGAAGCUUCCGCAAGUCUUCAGAAAAUACAGGAAUUCUUAUCAGAAAGUGAGAACGGGCAACAAAAACUAAACGUAGUGGCAUCCAAAGGAGAACUGCUGUGCUCUGUUUUACCAAAGGAAAAGGCUAAAGUUAUCCGGGACAAAUGUGCUACCACUAAAGAAGACUGGAAAAAUUUUAUCACCACCCUCCACCAGAAAGAAUCUGCAUUGGAGAACUUACAGAUCCAGAUGAAGGAAUUUGAAGCAACUGCUGAGCCUCUGCAGGAGUGGCUGACCACAACAGAGAAGAUGGUCCAAGGAAGUAGCAGUCGGCUCCAUGAUCUUCCUUCCAAGAGGAGAGAACAGCAGAAGUUGCAGUCUGUCCUUGAGGAAAUAAGCUGCCACGAGCAUCAGCUCAACAGGCUAAAAGAGAAAGCUCAGCAGCUGUGGGAAGAGCAAGCUGUCAGCAAAAGCUUUAUGCGCAGAGUGUCUCAGUUGUCUUCUCAGUAUCUUACUCUAAGCAAUCUGACAAAGGAAAAAGUUUCCAGAAUGGAUAGGGUUGUAGCAGAGCAUCAGCAGUUCUCGCACAGUAUCGAGGACCUCCAGGACUGGGUGGCUGAUGCAGUUCACAUGCUGGAUUCCUACUGUCAUCCCACUGCAGACAAGAGUGUUCUGGACAGCCGGAUGUUAAAGCUAGAGAGACUGCUUGCUGUGAAACAAGAAAAAGAAAUCCAAAUGAAGAUGGUUCUGACAAGAGGAGAAUCUGUUCUGCAAAAUACUUCUUUGGAUGGAGUGCCUGUGAUUGAACGGCAGUUGCAAAACCUGAAGGACAGCUGGGCUUCUCUUCUGUCUGCUUGUAUCCAGUGCAAGAGUCAACUGGAAGGAUCUCUCUCCAAAUGGACAAGUUACCAGGAUGAUGUUCGUCAGUUUUCUAGCUGGAUGGAUAAAGUAGAAGCAAGUAUGAAUGCUUCUGAAAGGCAGUAUGCUGAACUGAGGGAGAAGACAUCUGCCCUCGGCAAAGCAAAGCUACUCAGUGAAGAGGUGUUGAGUCACAACAGCCUGUUGGAGACAAUUGAAAUGAAAGGAAGUGGGAUGACUGAGCAUUAUCUUGCUCAGCUUGAACUCCAGGACCUUCAGGAGCGGUAUAAGUUCCUUAAAGACAGAACGAGGGAGGCGGUAGCAAAAGCUGAAGGUCUCCUUAACUUGCAUCAAGAGUACCAAAGAAAUCUGAAGGCUUUUGAAGUAUGGCUGGAGAAGGAGCAGGAAAAACUUGACUGUUUAUCACAUCUUGAUGGUGAUGCCCAAAAACAGGAGGCAACACUCCAAGACUUACAGGAGCUGCAGGUCCACUGUGCAGAAGGACAAGCAUUAUUGAAUGCUGCUGUCCACGCCAGAGAGGAGGUGAUUCCCUGGGGCAUUCCCCAGAUAGAAGACCGAGCCCUGGAAUCCUUACGGCAGGACUGGCAAGUUUAUCAGCACAGGCUUUCUGAAGCAAGAAGCCAAUUAAACACCACUGUGAGCAGACUGAGGUUAAUGGAGAAAAAAUUCCAGAAGGUUAAUGAUUGGCUGACAGACCUGGAGGAGAAAGUGGCUAUCAGGACUCAGAGGCAGUCUGAUAGAGCAACAAAGGAAAUGCAGCUUCAGCAAAUGAAGAAGUGGCAUGAAGAAAUUACAAUCUACAAAGAUGAUGUGGAGGAAGUUGGGGUAUUGGCUCAGCAAAUACUAGAAGAGAGUCUCACUGCAGGUAGAAUGGGAAGCCAGGCUACACAGCUUGCAUCUCGCUACCAAACUCUUCUUCUUCAUGUCUUGGAGCAAAUAAAGUUUCUGGAAGAAGAAAUACGUUGUAUGGAGGAGUCAGAAUUGGCUUUUUGUGCUUACACAAAUUGGCAUGGAGCUACUAACAAGAACUUCAGAAAUGUGGUCACCGAGUUUGAUGUGGUUGAUAAAACAGCAAUGGAGAAAAAAGUGCAGAAACUAGAGUUGCUGUUGAGCGAUAUGGACAUAGGUCACAGUUUACUGAAAUCUGCCCGUGAGAAGGGGGAGCGAGCUAUAAAAUACAUGGAAGAAAAUGAAGUUGACCAGUUAAGAAAAGAAAUUGGAGAUCAUGUGGAACAGCUUGAAGAGCUGGCUGGCUCUAUCAGGAAAGAGCACAUGACUUCGGAGAAGAGCCUCCAGCUCAUGAAGGAGUUCUCAGACAAGUACAGGGCACAGACUCAGUGGGUCACAGAUUACCAAGCCAUGUUACAUGCUCCAGCAGAGCCAAAGAGCGAACUGUAUGAGAAGAAGGCCCAGUUGUCCAAAUACAAGUCCAUACAACAAACUGUUCUGUCCCAUGAGCCUUCAAUAAAAUCAGUGAUUGAAAAGGGAGAAGCACUUUUUGAUUUGGUGAAUGAUGUGACUCUAAAGAACAACAUUCAGGACCUUCAGAGCUGUUACCAGGAACUGUGCAGCACAACAAAGGUAUAUGUUGAAACCUUAGAGGUGAGAGUAAAAGAACAUGAGGAUUACAACAGUGAUCUGCAAGAAGGGGAGAAAUGGUUAUUACAUAUGUCCAGCAGGCUGGUCAGCCCUGACCUCAUGGAGAGUAACAGUCUUGAAAUAAUCACUCAGCAACUAGCUAACCACAAGGCUAUCAUGGAAGAAAUUGCAGGAUUCGAAGAUCGUUUGAACAACUUGAAAAGUAAAGGCGAUUUCUUGAUCAAUCAAUGCCCAGAACAUCUUCAAGCAAAAUUUAAGCAAAACAUACAAAGCCAUCUUCAGGGGACAAAGGACAGCUAUUCUGCCAUAUGUAGCACUGCCCAAAGAGUGUACCAGAGUUUGGAACAUGAACUCCAGAAGCAUGUUAAUCAUCAGGACACCCUACAACAGUGCCGGACUUGGCUAUCUACCGUGCAGGCAGAGCUCAAGCCCACUACCUGGCCACCUUUCAGCCUGGCAGAUGCAAUUAAACAGGUGAAACAUUUCCGGGCUCUGCAGGAGCAAGCCAAUACAUACUUGGAUCUUCUGUGCUCCAUGUGUGACCUGUCAGACACUGCAGUGAAGAGUACAGCAACAGAUAUUCAACAAAAAAAACAAACGAUUGAGCAACAGAUAAUGCACUCACAGUAUUUGGCUCAAGGUUGGGAAGAGAUCAAACAAAUGAAGGCUGAGCUCUGGAUAUAUUUCCAGGAUGCAGACCAACAGCUACAGAAUUUGAAAAGGAGACGGGCAGAGUUGGAGCUAAACAUUGCACAGAAUAUGGUACUCCAGGUUAAGGAAUUUAGUCAGAAGUUGCAGUCUAAGCAAUCAGCUCUUACCUCUGUGACUGAGAAGAUGAACAAACUAACCCAAGGACAGGAAUCACCUGAACACAGGGAAAUAGGAGAACUGAGCAACCAGUGGCUGGACCUCUGCCUUCAGGCUCAUAGUUUGCUCAUACAGAGGGAGGAGGAUCUGCAGAGGACGGUGGAUUACCAUGAUCGCAUGAAUGUAGUUGAAGUUUUCUUGGAGAAGCUCACAAAAGAGUGGGACAACCUGGCUAGAUCUGAUGCUGAAAGUACAAAUGUGCACCUGGAAGCUUUGCAAAAAUUGGCGCUGGCAGUACAGGAAAGGAGAUUUGCUCUGGAAGAGUUGAAAGAUCAGAAACAGAAGAUGGUAGAACAUCUGAAUCUUGAUGACAAAGAAUUAGUGAAGGAGCAGUUUGGUCAUUUCGAGCAACGCUGGGCUCAGCUGGAGGACCUUGUCAAAAGGAAAAUUCAAGUUUCCGUUUCAACCUUAGAAGAGCUUAGAUUAGUGCAUUCCAAAUUUCAGGAACUAAUGGAGUGGGCAGAGGAGCAGCAACCUAGUAUCUCAGAGGCUCUUAAACAGAGCCCUCCUCCAGAUUUGGCUCAGAGUCUUCUCAUGGAUCACCUUACCAUUUGCAGUGAGCUUGAAACCAAACAGCUUGUUCUGAAGACACUUGUGAAGGAUGCUGACAGGGUGAUGACCAACCUAGGGCUCAAUGAAAGACAGGAGCUGCAGAAAGCACUUUCUGAUGCACAGCAUCAUGUAAAUUGUCUCAGUGAUCUGGUUGGCCAGAGAAGAAAGCACUUGAAUAAAGCACUGUCUGAAAAGACACAAUUUCUCAUGGCAGUCUUUCAGGCUACAAACCAAAUUCACCAGCAUGAGAAGAAAGUAACGUUUCCAGAAUAUAUUUGUCUGUUGCCAGAAGAUGUGAACAAACAGAUCAGGACUUGUAAGAAUGCUCAGGCUAACCUGAAGGCCUAUCAAAAUGAAGUCACAGGGUUGUGGGCUCAAGGAAGGGAUUUAAUGAAAGAAGCAACAGAACAAGAAAAAAGUGAAGUGUUAGGUAAACUGCAAGAGUUACAGAAUGUGUAUGACACUGUUUUACAGAAGUGUAACCAGAGAUUGUUAGAAUUGGAGAAGAAUAUAGUUUCCAGGAAAUAUUUCAAAGAAGACUUAGAUAAAGCUUGCCAUUGGCUAAAACAAGCUGAUAUUGUCACAUUCGCAGAAGUCAAUGUAAUGAAUUCUGACUCUGAACUAUACUGCCAGUUGGCAAAAUAUCAGCAGAUUCUUGAGCAGUCUCCAGAAUAUGAAAAUCUUCUACUUGCACUGCAAAGAGAUGGCCAGGAAAUCCUACCAUCACUUAAUGAAGUGGAUCAUUCUUACCUGGAUGAAAAACUUCGCAUUCUCCCUCAGCAAUUCAAUAUUGUCACUGCUCUGGCAAAAGAAAAGUUAUAUAAGGUUCAGGAAGCAAUUUAUGCCAGAAAAGAGUAUGCCUGUCUGAUUGAGUUGACAAGUAAAGCUCUGACUGAGCUAGAAGAUCAGUUUGGUAACAUGGACAAAGCUCCAGCUGCUGUUUUAGCCAAAGAAGCUGUAUCACUCCAGCAGGCCUACAGAGAUCUCUUAGGUGAAGUGGUGAGCCUUGGUGCGGCAGUGGAUGAACUAAACCAGAAGAAGGAGGCCUUUCGAAGCACUGGCCAACCGUGGCAACCAGAUGAGAUGUUAAAACUUGUCACGCUGUAUAACAAGUUAAAGAGGCAAAUAGAACAGAAAAUUAACCUGUUGGAAGACACAAUAGAAGCAUGCCAGGAGCAUGAGAAAAUGUGUAUGCAAUUUGAGGCACAACUAGAGGCAGUGAAGAAGGAGCAAGUUAAGGUAAAUGAAGAAAUGCUCCCAAUAGAAGAAAAGUUGAAAAUAUACCAUUCUCUGGUGGGCACCUUGCAAGACUCAGGGAGUCUUCUGAAGCGAAUAACUGAACAUCUAGAAGCCUUUUCUCCUCAGCUUGACUCAUCUGCCUGUGAGAAAACAAAUCACCAAGUGCAGUCCUGGCAAGAGAAACUAAAGUCUUUGCAUGCUGCCAUUGGUGACACCGUGAUGGAGUGCGAGAACAGACUUGUGCAAAGCAUAGAUUUCCAGACAGAAAUCUGCCGCUCACUUGACUGGCUAAGAUGGGUGAAAACAGAACUUAGUGGAACAUUAAGUUUGGACCUCAAACUGCAAAGCAUCCAAGAAGAGAUCCGAAAGGUUCAGAUACAUCAGGAAGAAGUACAGUCAAGCCUGAGAAUAAUGAAUGCAUUGAGCAAUAAAGAGAAAGAGAAAUACAUGAAAGCAAAGGAGCUUAUACCUGCUGACCUGGAAAACACUCUUGCUGAGCUGACAGAACUCGACAGUGAAGUUCAAGAAGCUAUACACUUGAGACAGGCUACCUUGAAUAAAUUAUAUAGCCUCUGCCAAAGAUAUUACCAAGUGAUGCAGAUAGCAAAUGACUGGCUUGAAGAUGCUCAGGAAUUUCUGCAUUUAGCAAGAAAUGGUCUUGAUGUUGAGAGCUCUGAGGAGAACCUAAGGAACCACAUUGAAUUUUUCAGCACAGAAAGUCAGUUCAGUAAUCAUUUGAAGGACUUACAGGGCCUUGUGUCUGAGAUGGAGCCCUUUAUCCAAGCCACAGCAAGAGAGCAGAUGAUGCAGAAUGUUGCUGCGUUGGAGGAAAAGGCCAAAGGAACAAAGCAAGAGGCCAAAACCCAGCAAGAGCAGCUGCAAAGGUGUGCUUCUGAGUGGCAGGAAUACCAGACAGCAAGACAGAAGGUUAUUGAAGUGAUGAAUGAGGCAGAGAAAAAGUUAUCUGAAUUCUCAGUAGCUAAAGCUGCUUCUUAUCAUGAAGCAGAAGAGAAAUUGUUAACACAUAAGACUCUCGUGUCUGUAGUGAAUUCUUUCCAUGAGAAGAUCACAGCCCUAGAAGAAAAGGCUUCACAGAUGGAAAAAGUUAGCAAUGAUGCCAGUAAAGCAACUAUAAGUAGAUCCAUGACAGCAGUUUGGCAGCGCUGGACACGACUCCGGAAUGUAGCCCAAGAACAAGAGAAAAUUUUGGAAGACGCAGUGCAGGAAUGGAAAAGCUUUAAUGAUAAGAUUCAGAAAGCAACCGUAGCAAUAGAUCAGCUACAAGGUCGCUUACCAGAAAGCUCGGUGGAAAAGGCGUCCAAGACAGAGCUCCUGGAGCUCCUGGAUUACCACAGCAGUUUCCUUCUGGAGGUGGAGCACCAGCUGUCCUCUUUGGGCCUGCUCAAACAGCAGGCUGUCAGCAUGCUUCAGGAUGUAGAAAUAAAGUCUUCGUCUCAGAAGGAGCUACCAGUCAUGCAAGAAAUCAAAGCAAUGCAAGAUCGAUGCCACAAUAUGCUGCAGAAAGUGAAAAAAGGUGUGAAGAUGGUGAAACAGGAGCUGAAGGAGCGUGAGGAGGUUGAAGCUCAGAUUAAUAUUGUGAAGUCUUGGAUCCAGGAAACAAAAGAAUACUUAUUAAGCCCUGAUGUAGAAGUGGAUACUCAACUUCAGGAGUUGAAGUCUCUCCUUGGUGAAGUAACUACUCAUCGCCAGGCUGUUGAAAAAAUGGCUGAACAACAACAGAAUAAGUACUUGGGGCUUUAUACCAUUUUGCCUUCCGAACUCUCUCUUCAUUUAGCAGAAGUUGGGCUGGCCCUUGUAACUGUACAGGAUCAGAUUCAAACCAAAGAAAGAGAAACUCAGCAGAUCAAAACAUUGAAUGAAGAGUUUGGUCAGAAAAUCCAGAGGAUAGCAAAUGAACUAAAUGCCAUUCUUUCCAAACUGAAGAAGAAAACAAAUGAUAUAGCACAAGCUAAACUUGAACAAAAGAUCCUUGGUGAAGAGUUGGACAGCUGCAACAUAAGGCUGUUGGAAUUAGACGCAUCAGUGCAGGACUUUGCAGAGCAGAAUGUACCGCUGGCUAAGCAGCUGGCUAGCAGGAUAGGGAAACUCACUGCACUGCACCAACAGACUGUACGACAGGCUGAGUACAGAGCAGCCAAGCUUGGUCAGGCUGCUUCACACUUGGAAGAAUACAGUGACAUGCUGGAGUUCAUACUGAAAUGGAUCGAGAAAGCAAAUAUCUUAGUGCACGGUAGUAUAACAUGGAAUUCUUCCUCUCAGCUUCGUGAUCAGUUUAAAGCCUACCAGACUAUGCUUGAUGAGUCUGCAGAGAUUCAUGGGGAUCUUGAGGCCAUGAGUGAGAGGAUUGAGUAUCUAGCAAGUGUAUAUUGUACUGAAGGAAUGUCACAACAAGUUCUGGAACUGGGACGGCGGACAGAGGAAUUACAGCAAGUUAUCAAAGUGCAGCUACCAAAUCUCCAAGAUGCUGCCAAGGACAUGAAGAAAUUUGAAGUUGAGGUGAGAGCCCUGCAGGCUGCUCUGGAGCGAGCCCAAGCCACACUGACCUCUCCGGAGCUUGGGCAUUUGAGCUUGAAAGAGCAGCUUUCUCACAGACAGCACCUGUUGUCUGAAAUGGAGUCGCUGAAGCCCAAAGUCCAGGCGGUACAAGUCUGUCAGAGUGCCCUGAGGAUUCCUGAGGAGGUGGUCACCAGCCUGCCCAUGUGCCACAGUGCCCUCCGGCUCCAGGAGGAGGCCAGCCGCCUGCAGCACACGGCCAUUCAGCAGUGCAACAUCAUGCAGGAAGCAGUGGUUCAGUACGAGCAAUAUGAACAGGAAAUGAAACAUUUACAACAAAUGAUAGAGAGUGCUCAUCGUGAGAUCCAAGACAAGCCAAUAGCAACCAGCAACAUCCAGGAACUCCAGGCCCAGAUUUCACGUCAUGAGGAGCUGGCUCAGAAGAUCAAAGGAUACCAGGAGCAAAUUGCCUCUUUGAAUUCAAAGUGCAAGAUGCUGACAAUGAAAGCAAAACAUGCCACCAUGCUGCUGACCGUGACAGAAGUGGAGGGGCUUUCGGAGGGAAUGGAGGAGCUGGACUCGGACCUGCUCCCAGCCCACCCUGCUCAUCCCUCGGUGGUUAUGAUGACUGCUGGUCGCUGUCACACGCUGCUCUCCCCUGUCACUGAGGAGUCUGGGGAGGAGGGAACCAACAGUGAGAUUUCUUCUCCACCUGCCUGUCGCUCUCCCUCACCUGUGGCUAAUACAGAUGCUUCUGUUAACCAGGACAUUGCUUAUUACCAAGCAUUAUCUGCUGAACAGUUGCAGACAGAAGCUGCUAAAAUUCAACCCAGCACGUCAGCCACCCAGGAGUUUUAUGAACCAGGCCUAGAAUCAGCUGCUAGUGCCAAAUUGGAUGAUUUGCAGCGUUCUUGGGAAACAUUGAAAAAUGUGAUCAGUGAAAAGCAGCGCACCCUCUAUGAAGCUCUUGAGCGGCAACAGAAGUAUCAGGACACACUCCAGUCUAUAUCCACAAAAAUGGAGACCAUAGAGAUCAAACUAAAUGAGAGUCUGGAACCAGCCAAAAGCCCAGAGAGCCAGAUGGCUGAACAUCAGGCAUUGAUGGAUGAGAUUUUAAUGUUGCAAGAAGAAAUCACUGAGCUUCAGACAUCUUUAGCCCAGGAGCUGGUGUCAGAACCACUGGAUGCAGAAGCUGCUGAUCAGCUGGCUUUGCAGUCCACUCUCACAGUCUUGGCAGAAAGAAUGGCCACGAUUAGAAUGAAGGCAUCAGGAAAACGACAGCUAUUAGAGGAAAAACUGAACGAGCAGCUGGAAGAACAGCGGCAAGAGCAGGCUCUUCAAAGGUACCGCUGUGAAGCUGAUGAGCUUGACAACUGGCUACUCAAUACCCGUGCAACGCUGGAUACCGCUCUAGUUUCCACUGAGGAGCCUAUGGACAUGGAGGCACAGUUGGUAGACUGUCAGAACAUGCUGGUUGAAAUAGAGCAGAAGGUGGUAGCCUUGUCAGAGUUGUCUGUGCACAACGAGAACUUGCUUAUGGAGGGGAAGGCUCACACCAAGGACGAGGCAGAGCAGCUGGCUUUGAAGCUCAGGACGCUGAAGGGCAGCCUUCUGGAGCUGCAGAGAGUGCUCCACGACAAACAGAUCAACAUUCGGGGAUCAUUACAAGAAAAGGAGGAGAGCGAUCUGGACUUUGUUUCCUCACAAAGCCCCAGUGUGCAAGAAUGGCUGGCACAAGCAAGAACCACUCGCUCAGAGCAGCAGCAGAGCACCCUGCAGCAACAGAAAGAGCUGGAACAAGAGCUAGAAGAACAGAAGAAUCUGCUUCGGUCAGUGGCAUGUCGUGGAGAAGAAAUCCUAACACAGCAAGGCACUCCAGAAGGCUUGUCUAUAAGUGUGAAGCCUGAUACACUCUCUGAGGAAUUAGGCUUGGAAGGUGAGAAGGCAUCACCUGAAGAACAGAUGAAGGUGAAAUGGGAAAGCCUGAACCAGGAAUUCAGUACCAAGCAGAGACUGCUCCAGAAAGCUUUGGAACAAGAACAGCUGCAGCUUUAUACCAGACCAAACAGACUGAUACCUGGAAUGCCUAUGUAUAAGGAGGAAGGACAGGAUGAAGAUAAAUCCUCAGUGUCACCAGUACUGGUUAAACUAAAUCAGGCCUUUGAAGAUGUGUCAUCUGAGGCUGGACAGGUGGAGCGGAGCCUGCAUCUUGAACAGAAGCUGUAUGAUGGUGUCUCAGCCACCUCCUUGUGGCUAGAUGGUGUGGAAGAACAGGUCUUUGUUGCUACAGCUCUGUCACCAGAGGAGGAAACAGAAAUAUACCUCGGCAAGCAAGAGUCUCUUGCCAAAGAAAUCAAAGACAUAACAGAAGAAAUGAAUAAGAACAAGAAUUUAUUUGCUCAGCUAUUUCCUGAGAAUGGUGAUAAUAGGGAUAUUAUAGAAGACACUUUGGAUUGUCUCCUGAGAAGACUGACCUUACUGGAGUCAGUAGUAAGCCAGAGAUGCCAUCAGAUGAAAGGACGGCUCCAGCAAAUAGUGACUUUCAAGAAUGAUCUGAAGCUCCUGUUUACAUCAGUGGCUGAUAACAAAUAUUUAAUUCUACAGAAAUUAGGAGAGUCAGUUGAAAGACCAGAAACAGAACAAAUGCAGGUUAUACUGGAGGCAGAAGAAGGCUUGAAGGAACUAGAUGCUGGAAUCAGUGAAUUAAAGAAACGUGCAGACAAGCUACAAAUUGACCAACCUUCUGUGCAAGAGCUAUCUAAGAUCCAGGAUAAGUAUGAUGAGCUGAUGAUGAUUAUUGGAUCCAGACGAAGUGACCUGAAUCAAAAUCUGGCUCUUCAGAGGCAAUAUGAACGGGCUUUGCAGGACCUGGCUGACCUGGUAGAAACAGGCCAGGAAAAGAUGUCUGGUGACCAGAAAAUGAUGGUUGCUUCUAAGGAAGAGGUUCAGUCACUACUUGAAAAACAUAAGGAGUAUUUUCAGGGGUUAGAGUCUCACAUGAUCCUGACGGAAACACUUUUUAGAAAGAUGAGUAGCUGGGCACUCCUGAAGGAUACUCAGUCACAUUCAGAGCUAAUGACACAAGCUUCAGCGGUUUUGAAGCUGGCUCAUAAACGAGGUGUGGAGCUGGAAUACAUUCUGGAGACCUGGAUACAUCUGGAUGAAGAUUACCAGGAACUUACCAGACAGUUGGAGUCUAUCGAAGGUAGCAUUCCCACUGUUGGUUUGGUGGAAGAGACGGAGGACAGGCUUUCAGACCGGAUUACGCUUUUCCAGCAUCUCAGAUCUAACCUGACUGAAUACCAACCUAAAUUAUACCAAGUGCUAGAUGAUGGGAAAAGGCUCCUUUUUUCUGUUAGCUGCUCAGAUCUUGAAAGUCAACUGAAUCAAUUGGGAGAACAAUGGCUGAGUAACACCAGCAAGGUUACUAAGGAGCUUCACAGGCUGGAGACAAUACUGAAACACUGGACAAGGUAUCAGAGUGAAUCAAAUGAAUUGACACAUUGGUUGCAAUCUGCAAAGGAGCAACUUGAGUUUUGGAGCCAGCAGUCUUUGACAGUUCCUCAGGAACUGGAAAAAGUCCGAGACCACCUGAACUCCUUUUUGGAGUUUUCAAAAGAAGUGGAUGCUAAAUCAUCACAAAAGUCUUCUGUCCUGAGUACUGGGAACCAGCUCCUCAGGCUGAAGAAGGUGGAUACAGCAGCGCUGCGUGCUGCAUUGUCCCACAUUGACAAUCAGUGGACGGAGUUGCUCACACAAAUCCCGGCAGUACAAGAGAAACUGCACCAGCUUCAGAUGGACAAAAUUCCUUCUCGUCAUGCUAUCACUGAAGUUAUGAGCUGGAUUUCCCUGAUGGAAAAUGUCAUUCAGCAGGAUGAAGAGAAUCUAAAAAAUGUAGUAGGACAGAAGGCCAUUCAGGAUUAUGUCCAGAAGUACAAGGGUUUCAAGAUAGAUUUAAAUUGCAAACAAUUGACAGUAGACUUUGUGAACCAAUCGGUGCUACAAAUUAGCGGCCAGGAUGUUGAAAGUAAACGUAGCGACAAAACUGAUUUUGCAGAACAGCUUGGAGCAAUGAACAGACGUUGGCAGAUCCUCCAAGGCGCAAUAACAGAAAAGAUCCAGCAGCUGGAAAGUCUGCAGGAAUCCUGGCUGGAAUAUGAAAAUAAUGUACAGUGCCUAAAAAUUUGGUUUGAAACCCAAGAGAAGAAGCUGAAACAGCAACAGAAAAUCGGAGACCAGGCUUCAGUACAGAAUGCUUUGAAAGACUGUCAGGAAUUAGAAGAAUCAAUAAGAGCAAAGGAAAAGGAAGUUGAAAAUCUAGAACAGAGUGGUUUGUCUUUGAUACAGAACAAGAAGGAAGAAGUCUCUUCUGCCGUUAUGAGUACACUACAAGAAAUAAACCAUUCCUGGGCAAAUUUGGAUCACAUGGUUAGCCAGCUGAAGAUACUGUUGCAAUCUGUUCUUGAUCAGUGGAACAUUUACCAAGUGGCUUAUGAAGAACUGAACAGUUACAUGACAGAAGCCAGAUAUUCUUUGUCCCGUAUUUAUCUCCUUACUGGAUCUUUGGAAGCUGUGAAAGUGCAAGUUGAUAACCUUCAGGGCCUACAAGAUGAAUUGGAAAAGCAAGAAAAUAGCUUACAGAAGUUUGGUUCUGUGACCAAUCAAUUGUUGAAAGAAUGUCACCCACCAGUGACUGAAACACUUAGCAGCACUUCAAAGGAAAUGAACAUGAGGUGGAGCAACCUUCUGCAGGAGAUUGCAGAGCGACUGCGUUCCAGUAAGGGCCUCCUGCAGCUUUGGCAGAGGUACAAGGACUGUUACCAGCAGUGCUCUUCCACUGUCCGUCAGCGGGAAGACCAGACCAAUGAACUCCUGAAGACUGCCACCACCAAAGACAUUGCUGAUGAUGAAGUUACUGCUUGGAUUCAAGAGUGCAAUGGUGUACUCACGGAUUUGAAGACAGCACAGGAGUCACUGGUUGUUCUGCAAGAACUGGGAGAGGAGCUAAAAAGCCAGGUGGAGACUUCAGCAGCAGCAGCUAUACAGUCUGAUCAUCUUUCUCUGAACCAGAUUUUGUCAACCCUUGAACAGGCACUCCUGAAACAACAGGCUGUACUUCAGGCUGGAGUGCUGGACUAUCAAACCUUUUCCAAGAACCUGCAAGUCCUUGAGACCUGGAUAAGAGAAGCAGAAGAAAUAUUGAAAGGACAGGAUCCCAAUCAUUCCUCUGAUCUCUCAACGCUACAGACUAGAAUGGAGGAACUCAAGAGUCAGAUGUUGAAGUUCAGCAGCAUGACCCCGGAUUUGGACCAUCUUAAUGAGCUGGGUUACAGGCUCCCUCUGAAUGAUAAAGAAAUCAAAAGGAUGCAGAACCUGAACAGACAAUGGUCUCUGAUCUCAUCUCAAACCACAGAGAGAUUCAGUAAACUGCAGUCUUUCUUGCUGCAGCAGCAGACUUUCUUGGAGAAAUGUGAGACUUGGAUGGAUUUAUUAGUUCAGACUGAGCUGAACAUGGCAGCAGAAAUUUCGGGAAACUACCAGACCCUUUUAGAACAACAGAGGGCCCAUGAGCUAUUCCAGGCAGAGAUGUUCAGCCGCCAGCAGAUUUUGCAUUCAAUUAUCUCUGAUGGGCAGCACCUCCUAGAACAGGGACAAGUGGAUAAUAGGGAUGAAUUUAAUCUGAAGCUGGCUCUUCUAAGUACUCAAUGGCAAGGAGUAAUUCGCCGGAUACAGCAGAGAAGGGGUAUUAUUGACAGCCAGAUUCAUCAGUGGCAACGCUAUAGGGAGAUGGUAGAGAAGCUGCGCAAGUGGCUGGUGGAAAUAUCCUGUCAGCCAGUGAGUGGUCUGGAAAACGUUCCUAUCCCGCUGCAGCAAGCCAGAGGACUGCUGGACGAAGUGCAGCUUAGAGAGAAAGUUCUUCUAAGGCAGCAAGGGAGUUAUAUCCUCACUGUGGAAGCUGGGAAGCAACUGCUGCUCUCCGCUGACAGUGAAUCUGAGGCAGCCCUGCAAGCAGAGCUUACCGAAAUUCAAGAGCGCUGGAAGAUAGCUAGCACCCGCCUGGAGCAACAAAAGAAACGGCUUACUUUGCUACUGAAGGACUGGGAAAAAUCUGAGAAGGGCAUAGGAGAUUCCCUGGAGAAGCUAAGAUCAUUUAAAAAAAAGCUUUCUCAGCCUUUGCCGGAACACCAUGAUGAGUUGCAUGCAGAGCAGAUUCGUUGCAAGGAGUUAGAGAACGCCAUUGAAGGGUGGACAGAUGACCUUGCACACCUCUCUCUGCUGAAGGAGACCCUGUCUGUGUACAUCAGCGCAGAUGAUAUCUCCAUCCUCAGUGAGCGCAUCGAGCUUCUGCACAGACAGUGGGAGGAGCUGUGCCACCAGGUCUCCUUACGUCGACAACAAGUUAGUGAGAGGCUGAAUGAGUGGGCUGUCUUCAGUGAGAAGAACAAGGAGCUUUGUGAGUGGCUGACACAAAUGGAAAGUAAGGUUUCUCAAAAUGGCGACAUCCUCAUAGAAGAAAUGAUUGAGAAACUUAAAAAGGAUUACCAAGAGGAAAUUUCUGUAGCCCAGAACAACAAAAUACAACUCCAGCAAAUGGGAGAGCGACUUGCUAAAGCCAGCCAUGAGAGUAAGGCAUCCGAGAUUGAGUACAAGCUUGGCAAGAUCAGUGACAGGUGGCAACAUCUUCUAGAUCUUAUUGCAGCCAGGGUAAAGAAGUUGAAGGAGACCCUCGUUGCAGUGCAGCAGCUGGAUAAAAACAUGAGCAGCCUGAGAUCUUGGCUUGCACACAUUGAGUCAGAGUUGUCUAAACCUAUCGUCUAUGAAACUUGUGACUCAGAGGAAAUACAAAGGAAGCUAAAUGAACAACAGGAACUUCAGAGGGACAUAGAGAAACACAGCACUGGGGUGGCAUCUGUCCUCAAUCUGUGUGAAGUGCUUCUUCAUGAUUGCGAUGCUUGUGCCACAGAAGCAGAGUGUGACUCUAUCCAGCAGGCUACGCGCAAUCUGGACAGAAGGUGGAGGAACAUUUGUGCAAUGUCAAUGGAAAGGCGACUCAAAAUUGAAGAGACGUGGCGGCUAUGGCAAAAAUUUUUAGAUGACUACUCUAGGUUUGAAGACUGGCUAAAAGUUGCUGAGAGGACAGCUGCUUUCCCGAGCUCCUCGGGUGUACUUUACACGGUUGCUAAGGAAGAACUGAAGAAAUUUGAGGCCUUCCAGAGACAAGUGCAUGAAAGUCUGACACAGCUGGAACUGAUCAAUAAACAAUAUCGCCGCCUGGCCCGAGAGAACCGUACUGACUCUGCCAGCAGCCUCAAGCAGAUGGUUCAUGAGGGGAACCAGCGAUGGGACAACUUACAAAAGCGGGUUACCUCCAUCCUGCGCAGGCUAAAACAUUUUAUUGGCCAGCGUGAAGAGUUUGAGACAGCACGUGAUAGCAUCUUGGUAUGGCUAACGGAGAUGGACUUGCAGUUGACCAACAUUGAGCAUUUCUCAGAGUGUGACGUUCAAGCAAAGAUAAAGCAACUUAAGGCUUUCCAGCAAGAAAUUUCACUUAACAACAACAAAAUUGAGCAGAUAAUUGUGCAGGGUGAGCAGCUCAUUGAGAAAAGCGAGCCCAUAGAUGCAGCUGUCAUUGAAGAAGAACUAGAUGAGCUACGUCGUUACUGUCAGGAGGUCUUUGGACGCGUGGAGCGCUAUCACAAGAAACUCAUCCGCCUUCCUCUGACAGAUGAUGAACAUGACCUCUCUGACAGAGAGGUGGAUCUGGAUGAAUCAGCAGAUCUCUCUGACAUACACUGGCAUGACAAAUCUGCGGACAGCGUCCUCUCCCCGCACCCCUCUUCCAACCUUUCGCUGCCUCUUUCCCAGCCGGUGAGAAGUGAGCGAUCAGGACGGGACACCCCUGCAAGCGUGGAUUCCAUUCCCCUGGAGUGGGAUCAUGACUAUGACCUUAGCAGGGACCUGGAGACAGCUGUUUCACAGGCUCUGCACUCCGAGGAAGAAGAUGGAGGACAAGAGAAGGACUUCUACCUGAGAGGAGCAGCUGGUAUAACAGGAGAACCUGGUGCCCUGGAAGCACAUAUCCGACAGCUGGACAAGGCCUUGGACACCAGUCGUUUCCAAAUACAGCAAACGGAAAACAUUAUCCGCAGCAAAACACCUACUGGACCAGAGCUGGAUUCCACUUACAAAGGAUAUAUGAAGCUGUUGGGUGAAUGCAGUGGAAGCAUCGAAUCAGUAAAAAGGCUUGGAUAUAAACUGAAGGAGGAAGAAGAAAAAUUAGCUGGACUUAUUAACCUAAACAGUACUGAAACACAAACAGCUGGUGUAAUUGACCGAUGGGAGUUAAUCCAGGCUCAGGCUCUAAGCAAGGAGCUGAGAAUGAAGCAGAACCUUCAGCAAUGGCAGCAGUUUAAUUCUGACCUUGAUAAUGUUUGGUCUUGGUUGGGAGAAACUGAAGAGGAAUUGGAGAAGCUCCGAUGUCUUGAUCUCAGCACUGACAUAAAAACUAUUGAGCUCAGAAUUAAAAAACUGAAAGAGCUGCAGAAAGCAAUCGACAACCGCAAAGCGAUCAUUUUGUCCAUCAAUCUGUGCAGCUCAGAGUUCACUCAGUCUGACAGCGAAGAGAGCAAGAAGCUUCAGGAGCGCCUGUCUCAGAUGAAUGUGCGCUGGGACCACGUGUGCAGUAUGAUUGAAGAGUGGCGCUGCUCAUUGCAGGAUGCGUUAAUGCAGUGUCAGGAUUUCCAUGAAAUGAGCCAUGGCUUGCUGCUUUGGUUAGAGAAUAUUGACAGAAGAAAAAAUGAGAUUGUGCCCAUCAAUCCAAACCUGGACUCAGAAAUCCUACAGGAUCAUCACAGACUUCUAAUGCAAAUUAGACGUGAACUGCUGGAGUCUCAGUUGAAGGUGGCGUCACUGCAAGACAUGUCCUGCCAAUUGCUAGUCAAUGCUGAAGGCAGGGACUGUCUUGAAGCCAAAGAAAAGGUGCACGUCAUUGGAAACAGACUGAAGCUCCUCUUGAAAGAGGUCACACGUCAUAUUAAAGACUUAGAGAAAAUUCUAGACAUUUCAAGUAGUCAACUGGAAUUGUCCUCAUGGUCCUCUGCUGAUGAAUUAGACACAUCAGACUCAGUGAGUCCUGUAUCUGGAAGAAGCACUCCAAGCAGACAGAGAACGCCACGGGGCAAAUGUAGUCUCUCACAGCCUGGACCCUCUGUCAGCAGUCCACAGAGCAGGUCCACAAGAGGUGGCUCAGGUUCCUCCCCUUCUGAGGCUGGGCCAGCGUGGCAGCACUCGUCCUUCUUCCUCAGAGUCCUCAGAGCUGCUCUGCCACUUCAGCUCCUCUUGUUGCUCCUGAUCGGGCUGACUUGCCUGGUGCCAGUGACCGAGGAGGACUACAGCUGUACAAUGGCCAACAACUUUGCCCGCUCUUUCCACCCCAUGCUAAAAUACAUGAAUGGUCCACCUCCAUUAUGAAGGAGACCUGUGAGACAGCGGGUCACCUCGCUAGAAUGCUAGCGGGGAGGAACGAUGGUUCUCAAGGGUAACAGGUUUCAGUGUGGCAGCUUUACCGACCUGCUGUAGCCACUGCUGUGUCCAUAUCAUUUCUCUGCUGGCCCUCAGCUCGUAACGCAUCAAUAUAUCAAUAUCAACCUGCACAGCAUAUUACCUGAGUCGCAUUGUUUCAAUACUUGCAUCCUGGGUACUAAGGAGGAUGUAACGUGUGUGAGGGAAAUGUCCUUCUGUCCAGCAUUCUGGAUGUUUUAGCCACUUUAUAUCCAGGUCAUUGCCCUGUACUAUGCAUAGCCAAGGACUUCAUACUGUAGAUUUUUUCCUGUGUGCUGCUCUAAAUGAGCCAUUAGCCACCAGUCUUUGUUAAAUACCCUCUCAGUAUCUACAGUGUACAAAAUAAGCAAUGGUAAAGAAAUUUUAGAGCAUUUGUAACAUACAAUUUUAAAGAUUCUUGUAU